AUGCGAGUUCUGAGAAUUUUCGAAAAUCUCCGUUUCCCUUCCCGCCCCCUUCCCGCCCCCUCCCCUCCCCCUCCCCCCGUCCUUUCGCCUACUCUCUCUCCUUUCGCCAUUGCAUGGCAGCAAUCUUGUCUCCUCACUCCGUCUUGCCUCCGCUCGUCCCAUCUCCCCGUCACUCGCCCUCACCGCAUUUCCCAUUUCGCUCACCCCUCGCCCCCCUGCGCUCCUCCGUAUUCUCUCAGCGCUGAUACCUUCCUCCCCCUGCGCUCACCCCUCGUCCCCCUGCGCUCAUCCGUAUUCACUCACCCGUCCCUUUCCCAUCCCCACCCUUUCCCCCUCCGCUCAUCCAUUCCCCAUUCCCUCACCCCCCCCUGCCCUCAUCCCUCAUCCCCCCUGCAGCACCCACCCUUCGUUCCCCUUCCUUACCCUCACCCCCCUGUGCCCAUUCCUCAUUUCCUCUAUCUAUGCUCACCCUCUCUGCUAUUCCCUCCUUUGCCCAGUGAAUUCCAUUUCCCUCAUUGCACUCAUCCCAUCCCCCUGCACUCAUCCCAUCCCCCUGCACUCAUCCCUCAUUCCUCCACCCAUGAAGCCCCCUGCGUUCUUAGGAGUCUGAUCUGA